CGGAAGUGGAGUGGAAACCCCAACAUCUCCUGUGAUGCUGAGGAGAGAGCAUCCUCCUCCGCGCACAGGCCGUGUGUUUUGGUAGAAUGCUAGAGGAAACAAACACAUCCCACCAUAUUUUGAAAUAGCUCUUAUUCUAUCUCCGCAAAUCCUCCGGUUCCUGCGGUACUUAUGACACGCUGAGCCCAGAAUAUGGUGGAUUUGUCCGAAGGGACUGUCGUCUCGCCGGGACGCAGCAGACACUCCGGCUCGAGCAACAACGGAAGGAAAACGUCCAAAAAGUCACGAACGAAACGAGGCAAACGAGGCAGAAGACGGCGGAGUAAAAAGAACCGAAACAACAAAACCCCGCCGCCGUUUUUACCGCCGGAGGCUGAAGAAGGAAACAUUGAAUAUAAGUUGAAGUUGGUCAACCCCACUCAGUACCGCUUUGAGCAUCUGGCCACUCAGCUGAAAUGGCGUCUGCAGGAAGGUCGCGGCGAGGCCGUCUACCAGAUCGGAGUGGAAGACAACGGCCUGCUGGUCGGCCUGACCGAGGCUGACAUGAAGGCCUCCCUCAAGACCUUAAGGAGGAUGGCAGAGAAGGUUGGGGCCGACAUCACUCUCCUGCGAGAGCGGGAGGUGGACUACGACCUGGACAGGAAUACUAGAAGAAUCGCCGAAGUGCUGGUCCGGAAAGUUCCAGAUGAUCAGCAGUUCCUGGACCUGCGGGUGGCGGUCCUGGGGAACGUGGACUCUGGGAAGUCCACCCUGCUGGGCGUCCUGACGCAGGGCGAGCUGGAUAACGGGCGAGGCCGUGCGCGGCUCAACCUGUUCAGACACCUGCAUGAAAUCCAGACGGGGCGCACCUCCAGCAUCAGCUUUGAGAUCCUGGGCUUCAACAGCAAAGGAGAGGUGGUGAACUACAGCGAGUCACGCACCGCCGAGGAGAUCUGCGAGAGCUCCUCCAAGAUGAUCACUUUCAUCGACCUGGCGGGACACCACAAAUACCUGAAGACCACCAUUUUUGGACUCACCAGCUACUGCCCGGACUUCGCCAUGCUGGUAGUGAGCGCCAAUACCGGCGUCGCCGGUACCACUCGGGAGCACCUUGGUCUAGCCAUGGCGCUGAAACUUCCCAUCUUUAUCGUGGUCAGCAAAGUGGACCUUUGUUCUCACGGCACGGUGGAGCGAGCGGUCCGGCAGCUGGAGCGGGUUCUGAAGCAGCCCGGCUGCAACAAGGUCCCGAUGGUGGUGUCGAACCCCGACGACGCUGUGACUGCAGCUCAGCAGUUCACCCAGUCCACGUGCGUCACGCCCAUCUUCACCCUGUCCAGCGUUUCUGGAGAAAACCUGGACCUUCUGAAGGUUUUCCUGAACAUCCUCCCUCCACUCAGCAACAGCAAGGAGCAAGAGGAGCUGAUGCAGCAGCUCACGGAGUUCCAGGUGGAUGAGAUCUACUCGGUUCCUGAUGUCGGGACCGUGGUUGGAGGAACUCUGUACAGUGGCGUGUGUCGGGAGGGCGAGCGCCUGGUGGUGGGUCCAACGGACGAGGGCCGUUUCCUGCGUCUGAAGGUGGGCAGCAUCCAGAGGAACCGCUCGGCCUGCAGGCUCCUGAGGGCGGGACAGGCUGCCACUCUGGCUCUGGGGAACUUUGACCGCUCACUGCUGCGUAAGGGCAUGGUCAUGGUCAGCCCCAAGAUGAACCCAACCAUCUGCUGUCAGUUCGAAGCCGCCAUCGUCCUGCUCUUCCACGCUAAGACCUUCCGGCGGGGGUCGCAGGUCACGGUGCACGUCGGGAACGUCAGACAGACGGCCAUCGUGGAGCGGCUCCACGGAAAGGAGGAGCUGCGGACGGGCGAGAGGGCCGUCGUCCAGUUCCGCUUCAUCAAGCACCCCGAGUACCUGCGGCUCGGAGCCAAGCUGCUGUUCCGGGAGGGCGUCACCAAAGGCAUCGGCCACGUCGCGCGCCUGCUGCCCCCCUCCCAGAACCACGACCAGAACCAGAACCGCGACCAGAACCUGCAGGAGUACUGAAGAAGCUUCCCGGCUGAAGCAGAUCUUCAGGAGGACGUCGAUCUGAUUGGGUUUAUCUUCCUGCAUCCUGCCAGCGUCCUAAUCCGCCUUUCCUGGAUCUUUGCUUCCAUCCACAUUCAUGCCUGCAGGGUCCAGUAAGUCCAUCAUCAUCAUCAUCAUCCUCCUCCCCCCCCAACAGGCGCUUGUGUCUCAAGUCAAAGCUGGAUGACCUGCUGGAGCUGAACUGCGAGGCUUAAUCUGAUGUUGUGCCACAGACUGAUGGAAGAAGCUUCUUGUUUAUGGCUGCAGCUGUCGUGAGAAGACAGCUGGAUCACUUUAAGGGAUUAAAGACUUCGAGGCAGCACAGCGCCGGCUUGUCUUCUGCCGAGGAGUGGAAACAGUUUGCAGAUUAUCUUCAGAGGGAGAUGAUGCUUCGAUGAUGCUUCUGCUUCUUAAUCUGAGGUAGAUUGCUCUCGUGGUUGAUCUUUUGCUGUCAAAUUUGCAGACCAGUCUUUUUAAAUGUGUUCGCCCUCCAGCUUCCCGUUCAUGAAUAUUUUCCACGGAGAAACUCUGAAGGUGUUUUCAAAACACUUCCCGCACUUUUAAAAUCAUUUAUGCUUUUAUUUUGGUAGAUUAAUAUGUGCUAAACUUCAGAGAGUCACACAGUUCCUCGUCAUCCUCUAAGCACAGGUUUUAACAGAGGAUGUCUCACCUUAUUUUGCACAAACAGAAAAAGUCACUGAGGAGUCCAGCGUUAGCCGAGCAUCUGCAGGACGUUUUCGCUUUCAGGGUUUGUGCUUUAGGGACGUCUCAGCUGCAGAUUUCUGCCAGAGAGUUAACUUGAAGGUCACAUGCUGUUUGACCCCAAGUUUUGCUGUCUCAUGGUUCUGUCUGAAAAGUGUCAACUGUAUACAAGAACUGGACUGAGUGACUCCUCCCCCCUUCACGUUCCAAACAGGAAGUACCCGCCGGCUCCAAGGAGCCAAAGUCCCAGAAGCUUCAUGCUACAUUUUUUACAGUCCUAAUAUCUUGAAUAUUCAUGGAAUUUUCGACGUUUAGUUGUUGAUUUUUUUAACCGCAGCUCUUCAUUUCCAUCCUUUUUUGUUACGUUGGACACAUCAGCAGCUUCACGAUGUUUUUUUUAAGAUCCAUUUGUGGAAUAGUUUGGACAAAUCUUUUUUUUUUUAUCUUUUAGAAGUAAGAGACUGUUCACGGCAAUUUGAGACGUACCCGUUCCAGAGCGUGCAGAUGUUUCAGACGUUGUUUCGUAGAAGCACAGAAAACAUCUUAAAGACUAUUUUUGGAUGGAUUGCAGUGCUGCUCCUCUGUGACGACAUUUCUGUGAGCUUCAGUGGUGAAUCCUGCACGUUUUCAACCAAACUCUUUUCUUAUUGUGUUUAAAGUCAGAUUUUUCUGAGACAAAACAAUGUUCUACAGAUUUAGAUGAUAAUUUAGGUGGUUUUAUUUAUAUUUAUCUAUACAUAAUGAAUGAUAGUUUUCUUCUGGUCCUAAUCUUUGCAUGAAGCAGCCUCUGGUUAACGAAUCAUCCUGUAAACUUGUACUGUGUUGAACAUAUAGUGUUUUCUCUCUACAGCCUUACAUUCAGUUCAGUGAAAUGAUAAUGCAGCUUAAAAAAAAAUCAUACCUGUAUUUAGUAAAUGAAUUUCUUCCAGUUUUUCUUUCACGUUUCCUAAGAUUUUUUUAAAAAAUAAAACGUUUUUUUUUUGUGCGGCACAACCUGACCUGCAUGCUCUUUGACCGUCCCACUGCAACGCUCUGAAGCGAUAGGAUCUUUAUUUUUCUUUCUUUCUGUGCAAUAGUAAAAGAAAAUCUUGAAUGUAUCUUCCUUGAUCCCGUGCAGAUUACCGAUCAAACGGAGUUUCUUUGCACUUUGUUCUCUGCGUCUGCAUGUUUGUUGGAGAGCUGUGGUCUCUGAUGUGUGCAGAAAAAAUAAAAGAGGUCAGCGUCAGACAACCUCCAGAAAAUCCUGCAGCUGAAGCGCAAGUUUGCUUUUCCUGUGCGUCCUUUCACGUCUUAAAUAAACUAAUGAAAUGAAAGAAAAAAGCACA